CAGUUGAACUGCCCCAGCAUCGCGGAGAGUACACAGUGGCCACAUGCCAAUGCAAUCUUACCACUCCUAGCUUCAAGGCUUGCGAACAACUGUCUCAUCUCCUUUCUUUAUUUGAGGGGGAAAGGAUUAGCCAUGAGGACUCUAUCUAUAUUUACGGCAUUAAUUUGCCUAAUAAUCUCGUUGUCUGCUGCCAAAUCUACUGUGGACAAAUACAAGACGUACCAAGCUCUGGCAAAAUCAAGUACGCCAAUUCCACUUGAUGAUUCGACUUAUAGCGACUUGACAUCGAGUCCACGCGAUUACCAUGUUGCGAUAAUCCUUACCGCUGGAGAUGCGAGAUAUGGGUGCCAGCUUUGCCGCGAAGUUCAGCCUGAAUGGGACCUCCUGGCCCGGAGCUGGACCAAAGGGGCCCGGGAGGACACACCUAGAUUACUUUUCGGUACUUUGGAUUUCUCUAGGGGGAAAAAUACUUUCCAGAAGCUUUUGCUUCAAAGCGCCCCGGUCUUGAUGUUCUUUCCUCCUACUGUUGGCUCCGGGGCGAAAGCAGAUGCAUCCCCUAUCCGAUAUGAUUUCAAUGGGCCUCUAUCCGCAGACCAGAUAUCGGACUGGAUGAGCCGAUACCUGCCAGAAGGCCAUAGACCACCUGUUGUCCGUCCAAUAAACUAUGCGCGAAUCGUAACAAUAACAACAUUACUGCUUGGUGCUAUAACCCUCUUUACGGUGUCGUCCCGAUUUAUCCUACCCAUUAUCCAAAAUAGAAACCUGUGGGCUGCUGUUAGCCUGAUUGCGGUUCUCCUUUUCACCAGUGGACAUAUGUUCAACCAUAUAAGAAAAGUGCCAUAUGUGUCAGGGGAUGGAAAGGGUGGUAUCAACUAUUUUGCCGGUGGCUUUUCGUCUCAAUUUGGUCUGGAAACUCAAAUCGUUGCGGCUAUGUAUGCUACUCUCUCAUUCGCCACGAUCGUUCUUGCGAUGAAGACUCCUCGAAUUGCGGAUCCUAAAUCACAGAAAGUCAACGUAAUUGUUUGGGGUGCUGUUAUCUUUGUUAUGUAUAGCUUCCUCCUGAGCGUGUUCCGUAUCAAAAAUGGGGGCUAUCCAUUUUUCCUCCCUCCCUUUUAACGGAGAGGUAAUGGUUUGAGGAACCAAUAGAUGGUGAUAAGUAGAAUUUCAGGGGCGGGUUUGCAAACUAAUUUGUCCCGGCUACUGCUAAAUUCCUUACUUCAAAUUCAAUGGCGUUAGAUGAUACAGACACAGCCCAACUGCUGGCCAAGAUGGGUAGUUCGCGACGUUGUUUAUGUAGUAAUUCUAUGUAUACUAUUUAUAUACACUCAAACAUUUGCUUCUUCUACAUAAUCGAUGGUAUAGGAGCUCCGCUUAAAAUCUAUGCCAUCAAC